GUGGGAGGUGGACCCAGAUUACUGUGAUGAGGUUAAGCAGACUCCUCCAUACGACCGAGGCACUCGCCUGCUGGACGUCAUGGAUAUGACCAUCUUUGAUUUCCUAAUGGGUAACAUGGAUCGUCAUCAUUACGAAACUUUUGAGAAGUUUGGAAAUGACACCUUCAUCAUUCACCUAGACAACGGAAGAGGGUUUGGAAAACACUCCCAUGAUGAGCUGUCCAUCCUGGUGCCUCUCAGUCAGUGCUGCAGGGUGAAGAAAUCCACCUACGUGCGCCUCAAGCUGCUGGCCAAGGAGGAGUUCAGGCUGAGCGUCCUGAUGGAGGAGUCCCUGCUGCGGGACCACCUGUCCCCCGUCCUGCUGCAGCGCCACCUGCAGGCGCUGGACCGCCGGCUGCGCCUGGUGCUGCAGGUCCUGGAGGGCUGCGUGGAGAAGGAGGGCUACGCCAACGUGGUGGAGGAGGAGGUCGGGGGGGACACGGCCACCCACAGGACCCCCGGACACAGGUAGUGAGGGCAGCAGAGGGGGACACACCACCCGGGACACAUGGACCACGUCUCUGGCUGUUCGGCCAAUAGGAGCGACCCACUUCUGAUAUCAAGCUGAAUUCAGUGAAUUCCAAGACUUGCCAUCAUUGCCUCUCUGAAAACUGCUUUUACGUGUUUAUAUAGAAGAAGAAGGAGCCGCCAUGAAAGACUGUGCUCACACAGAGGAUUUGUACUUGUUAGAUACAGAUGUAUUUUUGUCCUAUAAGACAUAAAGAACCAAUGCUGUGUUCUGAUUGUUUUGAGUAUGGAGGGUAUCAGUUCGUUUCAUGUGUUUUAUUAUAUUAGUACAUAACCAAAUGAGUGGAAUGGAGGGGCGUCUGGGGGACCGUUAGCUUUAUCAGUUAUCAUGAUGUAUGGAAAGGUUGAGAAAGUUGGAAAAGCUUUUUUUCUUUUUGUCAGAAACAAUCUACAACCAGUGUUCCCUUUAUCUAUCUACAUGUUCUGUCUUGGCAUAGACGGAAAGUGUUAUCACAAACAUCUGACAGUGUAAAUCUGAGUGCAAGUAUAUCUAACACUAACAGUAAGUUCACUUUGCCUUAUUCUGAUUUUGUAUCUCUUUUUUUUAUUUUCCCAUCUCCCCUGCGAGUCCAACUUGCUCAACAUGCAGUACGACAGCACAACACUAAAAUACUAUUGAAUGCUAAGUAAUUCAUGCUAAAUGGUUAUCUCAUUUAAAUGCACUACAUGCAGGACCUGGAAUAUUUACAGUUAUCUGUUAUAAUAUAAUUUUACAAUGCAAAUGUUACAGUUUGUAUGUUUUUCUAUGAGAUUACAUGUCAGAAAGACUAUUUAUUGGUGUGUCACAAAGAAUGAAAGGGGUUUAAUGAAUAGGUUAUGUUGCUUUAUAUGUUGGGAAAUAUUUACCUUAGGUACCUUAGCAUUGGAUGCUAUUUGAAAUGACAUUCCUUUUAGUACUACUAUGUUCACAUGAUAGGAAAACAACAAAGCUAUUUGGAGUUGGACAUGAAGCGGUGUUUCCUCCUGAGAGUCCUGUUCUGACCCGGUACCUGUGCAAUGACAGAAAUACAGUACUUGAAUGUUUUUGGGUUGACAGUAUGGACGGGGUUCACAGAGCUGGACUCAUGCUGAGGAGUGCAUUGUGGGAGAUGGAUCCCACUACAGGGAGAACCUCGGGCACUGCUCUUUGAAUUUCAUAUUCUCAGUGUAAAUAGCUAUAAAUACUUUGAAGACCAAGCUGCACCGCACAGUGAUUUGCUUCUGUGUUCUGCUGUUGCAUUGUUACUGUGAAGAUCUGUUUACUAAAUGAAUAAAGUGUGCAAUAAAAACGAAAGCGAGGACAA